GGCGUGCCAGGGGACGAGGAGCGCGGGGCUGGAGGGAUGGCCGGAUGUCCCGGCCCGCAGCUCUGAGCGCCGCGGCUGCGGCGGGGGUGGCGGCGCUGGUAGCCGCCUUGCUCCUGCUGCAGCCCGAGGACGUGGGGCAGGGGGCCAGCGUCAGCAUGGCCGAGACAGAAUCCCUGCCGAAGCUUCGGGAAGCCUUCAGGAUGCAGAAUAAAUCCGUCUUUAUUCUGGGUGCCAGCGGGGAAACCGGCAGAGUGCUCUUGAAAGAAAUUCUGGAACAGGGCCUGUUUUCCAAAGUCACGCUGAUUGGCCGGAGGAAGCUCACGUUGGACGAGGAAGCUUAUAAAAACGUGAAUCAAGAAGUGGUGGACUUUGAGAAACUGGAUGACUACGCUUCUGCCUUUCAAGGUCAUGAUGUUGGAUUCUGUUGCCUGGGUACCACCAGAAAAAAAGCUGGUGCGGAGGGAUUUGUCCGUGUUGAUCGUGAUUAUGUCCUGAAGUCUGCAGAGCUGGCGAAGUCUGGAGGGUGCAAGCAUUUCAACUUGCUCUCCUCUAAGGGAGCUGAUAAGUCAAGCAAUUUUUUAUAUCUGCAAGUCAAGGGAGAAGUGGAAGCUAGAGUUGAAGAGUUAAAAUUUGAUCGUUACUCCAUAUUUAGGCCUGGAGUUCUCUUAUGUGAUCGGCAGGAAUCUCGCCCAGGUGAAUGGCUGGUUAGGAAGUUCUUUGGCUCCUUACCAGAAUCUUGGGCCAGUGGGCACUCUGUGCCAGUGAUAACUGUGGUCAGAGCAAUGCUGAACAACGCGGUGAGACCAAGCGACAAGAAGAAGGAACUGCUGGAUAACAAGGCCAUCCAUGACCUGGGGAAAGCCGAUGACUCUCUCAAGCCAUGACCACACUGGAGAAAUGUUUUUUUUUGUUUUUUUAUUGGCAGACUCAACACCUACCAGAUAAUUGGUAAUUUCAGAGUCUAAAAAAAAAUGUGCUUUAACUAUG